AUGUUUGCUGAAGAAGCAAUGGCCGAGGAUGAUCUUCCAUUAGCAAAACAAUAUAUUUUACUGUUUCAAAAACACUUUGGGCUUGGGGUUUUUCGUUACGAUUUCCUGUGGGAAUUCGUUACUAGUUUUAAUAUAUCUAGAAAUAAAAGCGAACCUGAUUUGUGGUUGGACUUUGCAGUUUUUUGUAUUAAAAUAAAUGAUUUUGAUACAGCACUUGAAGCUUUAAGGGAAACUCUCACCCUCGACAUUAAUCAUCAAAUAGGGUAA